AUGGAUAAAAAUCCUGAAGAUCAAAAGAUUAAACCAGGAGUCGAAGAUGACGAUCAAUCGAAGAAAACAAAGGCAGCAAUGGCGGAAGCAUCGACAAUCGGAUGGGGAAGACGAUGGAAGACUCAUAUUGGACAAAAGACUGGAUUCGUGGAGCAGACAAAAUUGGAGCCACGUUUCGAGAGAAAUAUUGAGAAACUGAUCUCCUACCACAACAUAAUCUACAAAAUGGUCGACGCAAUCGAACUACAAGUCCAAAUCGAUCCGAAAAUUUUGGCUCAAAGACGUGUCAGUGCUCCAAAUGGUGAAAACGAAUGGGGUAAACUUGGUGGAUGGUUGCAUUACUUGGCCAUGUCACAGUUUACUGAACAGCCGGCGAAAAUUCUCGAUUCGUACAGUAGAAUGUGUGGGAAAAUAGGUCAAAAAGAGAACCAAGUUCAGAGAAGAACUCGCAGUCAUUUGAUCAAAAGAAUGCGUUUGUACACUGGAGAUGAUACGGAAGAGUUGAAUAAAUGUGUGGAUGCCUUGCAGCCAUUGCUCACCGCACUUGAUGAUACUCGUCGCAUUAUGAAAUCAGCGAAAGUGUCGAAAGAUUUGGUCGCAAGAGGCCAAGCUUAUCAGUCAAUGAUUCUCGCAUUCAAUCACAAAGCGGGUGAGAUUCAAGGAUGGAUUGAUGAAGUGACAACAGUGGUCACACUUCAUCAGAAUGAGCUUAUUAGAUUCUGUCGUGAAGUUGCAGUUUAUAAUGAUGCAGUGUACAACAAUUUGAAUGAGACAAUGCUUCGUCUGGGUUACCUUCCACACAAGAAAGAUCAAAAGUAG